UUUUGUGUUCGCGUUGAUUGCCACAUAUCCAGCAAUAUAUACAAAUGCAGCGAUAGAAAACAUGUUCAUCCCAGAUAUUGUGCAGAGCGGUUCUAACGACGUCACCCUUUGCUGUCAGUAUUCCUCAUUUGAGAAUUCCUCGGUGCACUGGCUAUUCAACGGGAACAAGAUCCCAAGCAGUCAAUGGGAUUCACUGAAUAGUUUUAGAAUCAGUGAAAUACAGGGCAGUGCGUCCACUAUAAAACAAAGUUUGCUAACUUUCGAACGGGUGACGCCAGAUAUGAGCGGGAACUACACUUGCAAGCUGAACGGCGGCGGCGCACGCGCUGAGGAGACCAAACACAUGUUUGUGUUCAGUCCAGAAAAUGACUUCACGUUGAAGAUAAACUAUAUAAACAAACUAAAAAUUGUAAAUAUUGAAUGUACCGCAUGGGGACUUCAUCCUAGACCACAAAUUACCUUGGAAGUAGAUAACAGGCCCGUACCAAAGCAAGUUCAACGGGUGUGGUGGAGACAAGGGACUCUGUACACCGCUGAGGGUACGGCGGACGUGCGUGGCAUGACCCGGGGCAAACACGAUGUAACCUGCAGAUUGUAUCUACCACAAGCUGACUAUACGGCUAUUAUGAGGAAAUAUGUCAGUGUCGGUAAUGAAAUCUGCUGUGGGGCAUAUGCGAUCGUCUCAAAUGCAAUAACAUUUAGCACUGCUGUUAUAUUUGUUACAUUCUUUAAUAGUAUAUCUUGA